AUGAGCCAGGAAAAUAGCUUUCCCAUUGUAAAUGAAACAUUGUUAACAUCAUUAAAAAGUAGCAAUGAUGAAGGCAAUCAAAUUUUAUCAUCAAUUGUAUUGAAUAAAUUGAAGAACCAUGAUGAUGAUGAUGAUGAUGAUGACGAUGAUGAUUGGAAAUCAGUUGACAGUGAUCAUGAUAUUAAUAUAAAUGAAAAACAGGAAAAUUUAACAAUCACUAAUAAUUGUGGUUGGGCAAAUUUCGAUGCAUUUCAAACUAAUGUUAAUCCGAAUUCAGAGAAUGCUCUGACCACAACAACAUCGAACGUAAUAGAAGAUGAUUGGGGACGUUUCGAAUCGAAUCAAAUACAUUCUAAUCAAUAUGCUGGCGAAUCAUCGACUGAAAAACAAUCACUAAAAAUAAAUCAUUAUGGCGAUAUUGUUGGUGAUUAUGGUCAACUACAAGUCGGUUCACAAUCUCUAAUAUCGACUUGUUUUCCAUUAGAAUCUAUGAAAUUGUCUGAAGUUGUUGAUAAUUGUAUUCCGUUGGAAUUACCAUCUUUUAUUGCAUGGAAAAAUGAAAAACAAUCAUUAGCAUGUUUUAAACAUAGUCUAUCAUUAUGGACUAUGUUAUCAAAUAUAGCAAAUGAUCCAUUAGGAAUUCAAUAUCAAUGGCAUAAAUCAAAUAUUGAACGUUUAUUUCAUCGAGCACUAGGUGUUCAUAAACGUUUUCAUACUAAAGCUGUUCCUCUAACUUCGAGUCUUUCAACAUUAGUGGUUCCAAGAACAACCUUAAAUAAUAAUAGCGAAAAGAAAUUAUCACAAGAAGCUGCUAUGAGUCUGGCUGGUCACUGGCAACAGAGAAGUCCAGAAAAUCUACUCACUGAUAAUGAUAGCUCAUCUCUUUCAAUCAAAUCAAUUCAUAGUGAAGAUAAAGUUAUUGAUGUAAACAAAUCUCUCGAUCUUGAUUAUACUAUUGGGCCAAUGCAAACUUCUACAUUGAAUCAAGAAGAACAAACUCAUUCUCCAGCAAUAGUACAUCGAAAUACUAGCACAAUCGAUCAACAAAAUUCAACGCCAAUAAAAACAAUCGAUCUAUUUCCAGGUUCAUCCAGAUUAUCAAACGAGGAUACGAAACCCGUUGGUGACCCAUUACCGAAUUUUAGUUUUAUGAAUCCAAAAGCAUUAAUGUUGCGAACAAAAAAUUAA